AAGUUUACAAAAACCGAAUGAUCGCUUGUCAGCAGCUGCGCGAGAGAUCGAGAGAAUCGAGUCCACAAUCACCCAUGGAUGGGAAGCCCACCCAGCGGCAUUGUCAGAACUUGUCGAGACUCGCUCCCUCGCUUCAUUCUGCUUUUUAGAAAGCCUGAUGCGUGAAAUCUGUCUCGCAUGCCCUUGCCGAUGUCUCUGAAUGAACAGAUGCAUACAAAAGAACAGUAUGUUCGACAGUGGGGCCACUGUGACGGAGCCCACGGUUAACUACCCGCUGUUAAAAGAGAAAACACACCUAUGCAUCGGAGUUUUUGCGGUUAGGGUUAAAGCUUUACGGCCAUGAGGAAUAGGUUCGAUCCUGAAUAAGCUCUAGGUGCAGAAUAAGGCAGAUUGUUAUCUAUGCCUCAAUUUGGUCAACUUGGCCCCAGUAAGUUGUGGUAAGUUUCGUCGAUCGAGUGCUACUCCAGCUUGUUUGGGCCGCACGAAAAAACCACCGAAAAGAAAUUGUGGUUGUAGUGGAAACACAGUGAAGUUCGGUGGAGCUGUGGGUGCAGACAACGUCGUCCUGGCUAGCGACGUCACGCCCCGGAGAAGCAGAAACUGACCUCAGCGAUUCAUUCUAAAUCCCAAAGUGUAGAGAAACGAAAUGUCGAGUGAGCGGUGAAUUGGAAGACACUAGACAUAUGUGUGACAGUUCACAAUGCCAGGUGAAAAGUAACUUGGGGUCGCGAAGUCGCCGCGGCAAUUAGCGGAACCGACGAUAGCGCCGCGAUUUACCAGCCCAAGCAGUAGGGGGCAAGUUAGCAAUCAAAUGCCCUCAAGGGUGGGAGCGGUCAGGAGGAGGAAUCCGAAGGGGCAGCGGACGGCGACCGGGGGAUUAGGAUACCCACCAAUUUUGGGACCCUGUGGGCCAACUCCGCCCAAUCAUCUCGUCAUUAGAGCUCUUCCCCUAUAGAUACUAUGCUUUGUGCUUUUGUGACGCCAAUGUUGCCGCAGUGAGUCUUGGCAUAGUCUAUUAUUCUGUUUGUUCGGAGUACUUGAUGGGUUUUCUGGACCGCGCUGUUUCACGUCCAGGGGGGAAUAUUCGGACUGCUAUUGAUCUGAACCUCCGAGAGACGCUUGGAUUGGUUCGUUGGUGGAAGUGAAUGUAUGUCGUCAUUGAAGAUCGAAUUUCGUGUUCGGGAACAUGUGAUAGAAUCAGGAAGUUUUUGAGGGAUUGUGGCGAGAUUUUGGAGGUCAUUUGUGAUUAGGAGUCCAGCCGGAUUCGCGAACGGGAGACGGAGGAGAAUCGAGCAUUGAGUGAUGACUCGUGAGCUGUAAAACUCAAGGGAGGUAAUUCAUUGUAUUGUUGACAGUGGAGGUGCGGAGGUGUGGAAGUGUGUAAAGACAUCGGAGAGCAGAACCAGAGAAGAGGAAGAGAAAAGAGAGGAAGCGGCUGAGAGGCCGAGGUGACUGUCGAGAGCUGGAUCCAGGGUUUGAAUUAUAGGCGGGUUUCGAAUUUCUUGGCGUUAUAGAGCCGACGUUGCGAAUGAGUUUGCUGGAUCCUCACUCAAGUUGAAGUGGAAUAUCGCAACACCAUUGGUAUGUGUCUGCACACGAAGCAGCAUAGACUUGCCAGCCAACCAAGACGCCCUCGACAUAGGGAUAGAAGAGAGGAGACGGGCUACCGCGUGGUUUAGCUGUCUGAGGUAACGAUCAUAUUGAGUUUCCAUACGAGAGGAACUUCUCGUCGAGUAAAGGGCGCAGGAGGAAGGCGAGGAACAUAGGACGAUAAACGUUUUUCAAAAUGAGUUGCAACGGUUGCCGUGUGCUCCGCAAAGGGUGCAGCGACAAUUGCAUCCUACGUCCUUGUCUUCAAUGGAUUGAGACCUCGGAAGCCCAAGGACAUGCCACUGUGUUCGUGGCGAAGUUCUUUGGUCGCGCAGGACUCAUGGGCUUUAUUAGCGCCGUACCAGAAAACCAACGCUCUGCGUUAUUUCAGUCUCUGCUCUACGAGGCCUGUGGACGGACGGUGAAUCCGGUGUUCGGCGCAGUGGGCCUUCUCUGGAGUGGGAAUUGGCAAAUCUGCCAAGCGGCUGUGGAUACCGUCCUCAAAGGCGGCACUCUUCGCCCUUCAUCUCCCUCAUCUCUGCCCUCUUAUACAUCUGCAAACUUGAGUUUCGCAGCGCCCUGCUUCCCAGCCUUGGCUAUGCCUGGGAAUUUCGCUACCCCUGCAGCUGGUAAAGUCGACGAUCCAAUUCAAAUUACUUUAUCCUCAAACGCACCCGCUGAGAAUUCUCUUGAUCAACAUACCGUCAGCCUUGGAAUCGGAUUGCCUGAAGAUAACUAUGCGGUGUCCAACGAACGCUUAAUAAGUUGCCAUGACAAGAUGAAUAGCGGUAGCUGGCACUCGGAAGCAGUCGUUGCUCAAAACAUGGAAACCAACUCCACUUGGCGAAACGAUGGGCAGUGUGAUAACUGGAACCCGCUCCACUCUGCUGGAGAAUUUCAGAGAGAUGGUCUUGGGCACAAGUCUAAUGAGUUGAAGCAGAGAGGUACACACAUGCGAGGGGAGUACGUGACCCCCCGGAGGGUCAAAGGUCGAGUGCAAGCAAGUCCGGAGGCGAAUUUCCUCUCAGGUGAAAGAGCGUGCGAGGAGCUGCCAGUGCCAGGCAAUGGAGCCGAACAGCUUGAGCUAGAUCUGACUUUGAAAGUGAAAGGAGUAAAGGGUGAGAAGACGGUGGGGAACAAGAGGCAAUCUAGCCCUUGUGACUCCGUGAAGUCUGAAGGAUCUGUCACAAGUCUAGACAGUUCUGUUCAUGAACCACCGAAACCGUGCAACUGGGCAUUAGAAAUGAGUCUUAUGCCACCAACCUUUCGUACGCUUCUGCCCCUGAUGCAGUAAAAUUUGCACCGUCUUAGAGUGGUGUAGAGGCAUCGCAUAUGAUGCUUUGCUGGAGCAUAUACCUUCUGCGUGCACUGGAUCAUUUCACCUUGGUUCAAAGAUUUUUCAAGGCUCUUUGUCGGGUAUCUCACAGAUAGAAGAUGCAGAAAACACAUGGACAACGAUUUUUACCACAGCUGCGUGUCGUAAAGAUAUAUAAUGCCGAUGAUAAGGUCGUUGAAUCAUAUCUCAUUAUCCAAAGCUAUUCAAGUAAGAGAAGCAGCAUGGUUAUGGUCCUCAAUGAACAGUAUCUUCAGAUUUGCAGUUUCAAAUUUUGAAUAGAUGAUCUUUGAUCUUUCGAAGACUCAUGGCAUGUGCAAGUGGGCUGACAGAAGGGGAGGUUUUGGUUAGAGUAGGGGUUAGUUUGCGGGAGUUCGUAGAAUAGAAUCAGAAGAGACAAUUUAGGACGAAAGGACGAUAUCAUCACAAGUGAGAUAUUUUUCCUUUACCUCGGAAGAAACGAAUGAUAAGGAGAACUUUAAUGUUUACCUUACCUUGGUUACAUUCAGGAUAAUCAUGUUCGACCCUGAAGUAAUCCAUCGUUGACACUGCUGAAUUUGAAUAAUAUGACAGUCUGGAAUAUAAUUUUGUUGUGGGUGUUGCAUUUGAAUAUAUAAAGGUUGUCAAUGCGAUUUCGAAA